AUGGCGGUGAGAAGCCUCACAAUUGCCCGAUAUGCAAGAAAAAUUUCUCUCCACUAUACCAUAAGAUCAUAUGGCGGACUUAUAGCCGUGAGUAGAACGUUUGCUCGAUUGCAACAGCAGUUUCUCUCACCGAUGCAAGAGGGAGAACCAUAUGAGGACUCAUCUCAUGAGAUGUCGUACGGUUGUCUCACAUGCAACAAAAGUGCUCAGCUUCUUCGUUUCUACCCUCAGUUCAAGCGAAGUGACAUGCGGCAUGUCGAUGAAAUGGCUGCAUCUCUGGUAAGAGCCUGA